AUGGCCAACAAGUCAAUGAAGGAAGAGAUAGAGGAGGAUGCAGGUUUUGGAGUGGAAGAUGAGGAGGAGGAGGAAGAAGAAGAGGAGACUGAAGAUAGGAUUAACGCCAGAGAGGGACCAGACUUUCACUCUGACAGCGGGAAGAGUCCUUCAGGGGAACCAGACCCAGAGACGUCCAAACCAGCGAGACAACACCACUGCUCCCACUGUGGAAAGAGUUUUAAGUGUUUAAGGAAGUUGAAAGUACAUGAGAGAACGCACACAGGAGAAAACCCUUACGAUUGCUCUCACUGUGGAAAGAGUUUUACCAAGUUCGGGAACCUAAAAGAGCAUGAGAGGACACACUCAGGAGAAAAGCCUUUCCAAUGUUCCCAGUGUGGAAAGAAGUUCACCCAGUUACGGUACCUGAAACAACAUGAAGAAAUACACACAGAAGAUAGGAAGACAUACCACUGCUCUCAGUGUGAUAAGAUAUUUACUGGGUUAGGAAACCUGAAAAUACACACGAGAAUACACUCUGGAGAGAAGCCUUACCACUGUUCCCACUGUGGAAAGAGUUUUACUCAGUUAGGGAGCCUGAAAACACACGAGAGGGGACACACAGGAGAGAAGCCUUAUCACUGUUCCCACUGUGGAAGGAAUUUUAGGUGGUAUGGGAGCCUGAAGGCGCAUGAGAGAAUACACACAGGAGAAAAGCCUUACCACUGUUCCCAUUGUGAAACGAGGUUUACCCAUCGAGGGAGCCUGAAAGCGCAUGAGAGAAUGCACACAGGAGAAAAGCCUUACCAAUGUUCCCGAUGUGAAAAGAGCUUUACCCGGUUAGGGAGCCUGAAAAAGCAUGAGAGAAUACACACAGGAGAAAAGGCUUUCCAACAUACUAAUACACAGGAGGAGAAGACAUACCACUGCUCUCAUUGUGAAAAGACAUUUUCCAAGUCAGAGGACCUGAUAUCACAUGAGAGAAUAGAGAGGCUGUGUUCUGACUUAUGUUUUUGAUUGAGAAAUUGUGUUUUUGUUCAUGCUACAUGAAAUCUAAUUGUAUGAAUGAAAUCAUACUGAAAAAUAGGUCAACAUUUUUUUCCAGCUCUAGACAAGAUCAUGUCUAAAAUCAGAUUCAACAAGUUAAAAAUAUAAAUAUUAUGUUUUGAUUAUGAAAGUAAGAUUGAUUGUAUGCAAGUGUAAACCCCUAAAUGUUGUUCACUAUAUAAUUUGGAUAUUUCAAAAAUGUUAAUUAUUAAAUAGAUGAAUAUAAUUAGUAUUUCUUCAUUCAGAUUGUCAUUGGUUCUAAAUUGACUCUGAUUAAAUAAAAGGUGAAAUAAAAUACAAAUAAAUACCAUAUUAUUUUUUUAAAGUCUAUUUGGUUCUUAAGUUCGGACAUAUAAAGUGUGUAUGUGAAAAGUAUUUUUAAGAUGCCGCAUAGCGAUUUUCCGAACUCACUUGAGGAUGUGACAUGUUUGCGACAUCACUGCUGUUUGGAAUCUAAGUGUCGCUUCCAUCCUUUAAGCCACUGCAACAGUUGUGUUUAAACAUGUUGACUGGCAAAAGAGACGUUACAACA